UUUUACAAUUUUCUGCCAUAAGAAGAGGACAUUGCAAAUAAAGUUUGCUUAUGGAAAGACAUCCAAAAUCUAUUCUUGGUAACAUCUUAGCUAGAGAAAUACACACUUAAUUACGAUGGACAAUUACUAUAAAUUGCUUCGUACACAAAUUUUAGUUCCUCGAAAAGAAUUUAAACUCUAGUAGCUAUUUUCACUCUCUCAAUCUUAACUCCUAAGAUCAAGAACAAAUGUGAAAAGAAUUUAAACUCUAGUAGCUAUUUUGAAUAUUUAUUUUCCCAGAACUAGUCUCCCAUUUCAACUUUCUCCACCCCAUUUCCGAACACCACCUUUUAUGCUAGAUGUAAAUGGCUUCACCAUUUGGAUGGUACGGUCCUCUCAUAGAUCUCUGCAAUGCCUCUCAUCACAUAGGCGAAUUCGUUCAACUUCUCGUCUUCGUUCACCGUUGCUUCCCCGUUCAGUACAAAUCGUCCAAAUCUGGAAAAGACCUAACGCGAAUCGACAUUCAAGUCGGCGAUGAUACGAUGCCGUAUUUUGGAGUUUCUCUUUGGCAGAAUCAAAUGGGGUCAAUGGUUUCGGCUGGAGAUGUCGUUUUGUUACAGAAUUUCAUGAUUACUAAAUAUGGGGGUGUGGUUGAAGCCAAAACUGUUCAGUGGUCUUCUCUGUUUUGCUUGGUUCAUCCUUUCCACUCACUUAUUUCAAAGGAUGUUGAAGAGAUGGUAGCAGGUUGUCGAAUUGGGACAGCAACGAAGGAGAAGUUAAGUAGGGUAAUAAAGUGGGUGCGGCAGUCUCGGACCACUAUCUGCAACAUCAAGUUGCAGUCUACUCAAAAAAUAGAGUACCUGCCUAGAAACUGGACAGUUCUUGAAGAGAGAGUGCCUAAGGACUGCUAUUCACUUAUUGAAGUCUCUCAACUAACAACAUCGUGCAAGACUAUUGUCCUAGCAUCGAUUUGUGAAAUUGUUCCAUUACGUAAUGUCAAGACUUCAGUUGAUACUGUGAAAGAGAAGAUUUUCCUUAGUAAGAGAGUUUGCAAAGCUAAGGAUAAUAACUUGGUGGAAGAUCUCUUAUGCACUGGCUGCCAGCUAUGCGGUUCACCCUUAGGUUCAGAAUCUGUGCAAAAUGCAUUUCCACUAGUUUGUUCGAAAAGUUCAAGCCGACUUCAUGCAGUAUGCUCGAUAUAUAGGCCUUUCAUGUUAUAUGUGUGGGAUGAAUCAUACUUCAUGCCAGUUCUCGUCAAGAACAAGGCUGCAGAAAUCUUAUUUGGAAACAUUAAGGCUGAAAAUGUCUAUUCGAGUUAUAGAGAGCAAAAGCUUAAUCAAAAUCCGGGUACAAAAAAUAUUUCCAAGGAGAAAGAGGCCGAUGAAAUACUUUCUAAUAACCCGAGACUUUCUCGGGAAGGACUUCCCAGUGCCAGUUCAUUAGAGAAGUGUAAGAGCUUACAAUUGGAGGAAAAACAUCUUAGUACAAAACCAUUUAACUUUUAUCAUGUCUGGUUAAUUUUUCUAAAAUUAUUGCUGAAACAAGGAAAGAACAGUCCUCUAAAAUUUGAGAUCCUUGUUGAUCCCUACAUAGAUGUUGAAAAUGGAAAAUUUGAAAUGGUUUCUGCAACAUUGCCCUGUUUUGGCACUAAUUGACUACAUUUAUAUUUCCCA